UUUUCCAGAUGUUGUUUUUAGCAUUGGUAAAACAAAGCGAAUCAUUCUUUUAUUUUAAAUGACAUCAUCCAAUAUGGUUUAAUAUAAUCCAAGUUUGACUCAAUUACUGAGGCUCCUGACCAGUGAUGGGGCAAUAUGAGAUAUUAUCGCUCAUCUAUAUCGAUUGGUUAUUGUAUUGCACGAGGAAGGACGACGAUAUGUCACCUAAUCGAUAUUUUGCCACACGGGGGAGACAGCCACACCGCAGGCCUGCGACCAUACUGAUUUCCACUGUGGUUUCUGCGUGUUCACUUUGACUGUGCAGCACUGACCUGGAAGACAAACGUGUUGUGUCCAUUAAUCGUGUGGAAGUUUAAUCUUUGAGCUCACAGCCCCGAGUUUAUUGCAGCUCCUCACUGAAUCCCUGCUGCUGCUGCUUUAUCAACAACUAACCAAACAUGAGCUCCAAGUUGAUCCACAGCUGAUUUCUGAGCUCACACACAGAGCUGAAGAUGCAGAUCUCUUUUGAGGGCAAACGAGCACUGGUCACCGGAGCAGGAAAAGGGAUUGGCAGGGCCACGGCUCUGGCUCUGGCACGCUGUGGGGCAGAGGUCACGGCGGUCACACGCACACAGGCUGACCUGGACAGUCUAACACAGGAGUGUUCCUCCAUCACUCCGGUGUGUGUGGACCUGGCAGACUGGAAGGCCACGGAGACAGCGCUGCAGAACGUUGGCCCAAUCCAUCUGCUGGUGAACAACGCUGCCCGUGUUAACCUGCAGCCAUUUCUGGAGGUCACACCUGACCAGUUUGACCAGUCAUUCAAUGUGAAUGUUAAAGCUGUGCUUCAUGUGUCUCAGAUUGUGGCUCGUGGUAUGAAGGCCAGAGGGUCGGGAGGCUCCGUUGUGAACGUGUCCAGCCAGGCAUCACAGUGUGCCCUCAGAAAUCAUGCUGUAUACUGUGCCACUAAAGGAGCUCUGGACAUGUUGACUAAAGUGAUGGCUCUGGAGCUGGGACCCCACCAGAUCCGUGUGAACAGUGUGAACCCCACAGUUGUGAUGUCUGAGAGGGGGCGUCUGACCUGGAGCGACCCCGAAAAAGCCAAGGUUAUGAUGGAUCGCAUUCCCCUGGGUCGCUUUGCAGAGGUAGAGGACGUGGUGAACAGUAUUCUGUUCCUCCUGAGCGAUAAGAGCAACAUGACUAACGGAGUCACUCUGCCAGUGGAUGGAGGCUUUCUGACAUGUUGACCAAUCGUAGCUUCACUUCACCGUGUUGCCCCUGUGCUCACAAGAACAAACAACAAUCAGUCUCGUCGGGUUUCGUCAUCAGGUCUGUUUUACUAAAAUAAAAAAUGCAUCUAUUGCACCAACAA